AUGAAGGAGUUCGAUUUGGAUCCUACAAAGAUAGCAGUCUCAUUGAAGUACACACUGAAUGAAGAUUUACCUCCAAUUAAAAUUAGAAAUGAAAGUAAUGUGCUCUCUUACAUCAUGCUCAAGGAUAUGGAGCGCAAACCUACUAAAUACCCAUUAAUCAUUGAUGUUGCAGAGGUAGAAGUAGAUAAACUGUCUAUCACACUGCCAGUUAAUCCACAUGCUGUUGGUGAGUUAUGUACGUUGCAGGAUAUAGCAUCAGACAUUUGCGAAACAACAAUUGAAAAUAUAGGUCACAUUGAUGACAACGAAAUCACAGUUGUUUAUGUUGCAGAUGGUAGAGAUGUCGAAGAAGAAAAGGUUUUCUAUGAUAAAGAUAUUUUAAAGUUAAGUCUGUCACUUUUUGCCAUACAGAAUAUGUUUGAGUUUAUGGUAGAGCGGUCAGACAAGAAAGAAUAUAUUGUGAGUCACACGUGUGCAUCAAAUGUAGUGCUGGGGUCACACAGGCAACUAUCAGCUACAGUUUUGUCCUCUAACAUCAAGUACAAGUAUACGUCAUCUCGUACUAUAUACACACUGAAGGAUAUAUGCAGUGAUAUGUUGCAUACUUAUGGGGUUUAUUUAAAUUAUUUGAAAGCGUGGAGAUCUCGUGAGCAAACCCUAAAGAUGAUAAGAGGUGAUCCGACCGAUUUGUUCGGUAACAUACCAAGGUUUUUCUACAUGGUUCAACAAAAGAAUCCUGAGACGGUCACAAACUUGGAGGUUGACAGUCACAAUCGCUUCAAAUAUUGCUUUAUGACACUUGGUGCAUCAAUACGCGACUGGAAACACUGUAGGCCUGUAAUUGUGGUUGACGGUACGUACUUGAAUGGUCACUACGGAGAUCGGCAUAAUAAUAUAAAGAAUGCAAUAGAACAUGUGUAUCUGGGAACCUAUCAUGGUAUAUGUUCGUACCAUUUGCUGCAGAACUUGAAGUCACAUUUUGGGAAAUCUGGACAAAACAUUACACAAGCUUUCAAUUCAGCUGUCAGAGUUUACACAUUGGAAGAGUUUGAAUAUCAUAUGCGGCAACUAGACACAAUGAAUCAGAAGAUUAGUGCUUACCUGGUUAAGGUUGGACCUGAAAAGUGGUCACGAAUCCAUAUGCUAGAAAAUAGAUAUUCAACAAUGACAUUGAACAUCGUGGAAUUAGUUAAUGCAGUCACAAAGGCAGCCAAAAAUUAUCCAAUCGUUUUUCCUUCCAACCAGUCAGUGUUUUCUGUUAGCAGUGAUAAGACAACUUUUGUUGUUGAUAUUAAGAAACAGACAUGCACAUGUGGGAUGUUGCAAGUUGAUUUGUUACCAUGUCCACAGGCAUUGGCUGUAAUUGCAAAUACAAAAAGGGAUCCAUAUACUUUCUAUUCUUAUUAUUACACACGUGAUGCAUACUUGAACGCAUACGAAGACUCUAUAUAUCCUGUUGGAAAUCCAUGCCAAUGGACAUUGUCUAAAGAAGUGCAACAUGAAAUUGUCUUAGCUUCUAACCAAAAAUGGAGUUGUGGAAGGUCAACUGAGAAGAGGAAGAGAUCAUCCAGAGAAGGGAAACCAACAGUGAAAUGUGGGCGCUGUGGAGGACAUGGUCACAAUCGUAGGAGAUGCUCCAGUCUUGUCCCAUUGAGCUAA